AUGUCGGAAGAUGAAGCACCGCAGGAAAAGCAGAGUGAUAGUGAGGGUGACGAUGAAGACAAAUUUCAGUUUCAAUACUCAACCCAUGAUCCAAAGGUGAAAUGGAAUAAUAUGAAGCCAGUUCUUGGAGAGAGGUAUGAAUCACCACACCAACUAAAGCUUUGUUUGACAAAUUACUCUAUAAGUAGGGGUUAUCCAAUUAGGUUCAAGAAAUGUGAUAGUGUAAGGCUCGUGGCUGUAUGUGCAAGUGACCCUGAGAAAUUUCAAUGUCCUUUUGUGGUAAGGGCCUCAUGGAUGAGCACUGAAAGAACAUUCCAAAUCAAAAAAAUGGUUGAGCAACAUACCUGUGUUAGGAAUUUCCGUAGUGCUAAUCUUAUGGAUCCCACAUGGAUAGCUAGGCAGUUUCUGAAGGAGAUGAUUAGGAAACCAAAUCUGAAAUGUAAGGAAAUGCAAGCUAUUAUUCAAAGCAGGUUCCAUUGCAAGGUUUCAUGGUCAAAAUGUUAUAGAGCAAAGUGUAGGGCAAUUUCUUUAAUAGAUGGAAAGUUGAGUGAUCACUAUGCAAAGGUUUGGGAUUAUGGACAUGAAUUGAUGAGGUCCAAUCCAGGGAGUACAAUUCAAAUAUCUGUCACUGUAAACCCUGAUAACACUACUACUUUCCAUAGAAUGUAUACAUGUUUUAAGGCUAUCAAAGAAGGAUGGAAAGUUGGUUGUCGAAGAGUUAUAGGGCUUGAUGGGAGUUUUUUGAAAGGACAAUGUAAAGGUGAGCUGCUAACUGCCAUAGGGAGGGAUGCAAAUAACCAUGUGUAUCCCAUUGCUUGGGCAGUAGUUGAAAUUGAGAACAAGCCCAACUGGCAAUGGUUCUUGGAACUAUUACAUGAUGACCUGGAAUUACAAGGAGGCUUGGAUUUGUGUGUUAUUUCUGAUCAACACAAGCUGUAA